UUGCCAAUGUGUAAAAAGGUGUUUGCUUAUAUUAUCCAAGGGAUUCUUAACAUAUUUUUUCCAGUUGCCAUCUGUGGGGGAGGGGAAGCAAGUUUUUUUCCAGCAAAUUACAUCUUCAACAAAUAUUUUAUAGUUGGUUUUGUCUCUGCUGCUUUGACUCUUUUUCAAAGCCUGAAUUGUCAGUUAUUGAUUUGUAUUGAACUGUAUACUCAAAAGUAAAAUAAAAAAUUAAAUAAAGCCAACCUUGGCUGUGUAGGGAAAGGCAACGGGUUUAGCUACAAUAUAUAUGUUUUAUCUCUGCCUCAUUUAUUUUAAUUGUUGCAUGGAUUUGUUUUUUAUAACCUGGGUUCCCUUUCCAAAGUGAAAUCAUCUCCUUUUUUCAUGUGCGAGUGAUUGUAAUGUUUGAUGGUCAUAAUAAGAAUAGGUGUAAACUGGCCAUCCUCAGAUAAAGUCACAUUUCUGAAGAGAGAUGUCUUGGAAAUUCCCAUCUGCAUUAGGGAUAUAUGAAGAGACUGAAACGAUGUGGAGACGUGAUUUAUUCUGUGCAUCUGUGUGUCUUUUGUCUUGCUCAUAGGUGCACUGCACAGCCGGUGUUCGUGCCUGAAGUUAAUGUUGUAGCUUAGCUGCAGUGCUACUGGUAUAGUAUGUUCGGGAUCCACAGCUUAAGGAAUGAAAAUGAUCCCAGAGGGGGGGACGGCUUUCAUCAAUUCACUAAUGACAAGGACAUCAUACUUCUUGCGUUUUAAAUGACCCAGCACUUGCAACGCUGCAUUUUUCUUUGGAGGUAACCAGAUGUAAAUUGACAGCUUUCAGGUUUUUGAAACAGGAUUACGUGUAUCAACUUAAAGGCUGAUAAGACCAGUAUCCACUGAAGCAGAUCUGUGAUAUUCUGCCCUUGUCAUCUUAUGUGGUCUUUGAGCUCAGCUCUUCUAUUCCAAUCCCGAGGUGAUCUGUCUUCUAUCUGGGUACGACUGUGAAAUGUUGCAAGUCUUCCACAGCCUACGGGUCAGUUUCUUCUUAAUUAUAUGAAAAGAAAUGAACAAAGGAGCCCUGCCAUUGCAUCUAAGCCCAGCCAUUCACUUUUCAUGUGCAGAUCUGUCUGCAGAAGUCCCAGCAGAGCUUCCAGCUAUGGACAAAAGGUUGCAAAGCCCAGUGUGCAACCUCCAAGAAUUUGAUAUUUCCAGGUGUCUCUAGCAGUCUGCAGGCACAACGACACCAUUCUUUGUGGCAAUUGAAAACUGCUGGGUUUGUGCAUUUUUCAUCAGAAUACUUGCUGUUACCUUCCAGCUUCAAUCAUUAUGACACACUCUGAACAAAGCUUGCUUUCACGUUCGCAUACUUUUUUUUUUUUUCCCUAAUGUCUAAGGGAAUAUUUCUUGGUACCAUCUGAUGACAACAUAAACAGCAACAUUCUCCAAAACCUGAGACCAUACAGAUGUGCAGCUAUUAACCAUUCAGCCCAUGUGUCUGCUUCAGGGUAAAAAACUUACUGGAAUUAAAGUACUUCACAGGAAAUUUAAGCCAUAUACAAGGAAAACACUUGUCUCUUUUUAUAAAGCACAUAUAGAAAUAAAUAUGGACAUUUGCUUAUAGAAAAUACCAUGAAUUAUGAGACACAAAAUCUUUAUUUUGGCAGUACAGAAAAAGAUAUUGGAACCUCCAACAUGUAUCUGACAACUCUUUUACUACCAGCGUUGGAGAUUUGUUUGGCAUGUUUCAGUAUUUCCUCCUUCACUUUCUUCAAAGAUUCAUGUCUGUAGCUACCUCUCUGCCCUCCUGUACAGCAAAUCUAACAACCCACCUGGAAGCGUGCCUCUGUAGUACACUUUUCCCGACUGGAUAAGUUAAUGACAUAUCAACUGCACGAAGGGAACAAGCUAACCUUGAGGCAUCCAAGAAAACAGGGAAGCAUAAACAGUUAUUUAGAAAAUAUUCCAGUCUGUUGUCCCUCCCCCAUCCUUGGAAUAGUGUAGUAGAUAAAUAGGGAGGUGAACAAGAGAGAAUGUUACAGUCAGGGCCCGUGUCCUUUGCGAAUUUUAAACAGAACAGUGUCCGAUGGUUUGCAUCAGGAUUGAUUAAACGAUAUUCUGUGGUGAAAAACAGACUAUCAUAGUAACCAGGUAGCAGAACAAAACUUUUAACAGAAAGAUCUGAGAAGAAUCAAGUGAUCAUCUCCUGAAAACUCCACAGAGUCCCUGCCUUAAAACUGCACCACACUAAGUAAAGGGCGAUUUAUCUAGACGGAUAAGGUCAAGAGAGAUAUGGGUGAGAGAGACAAAGACUCCCGUGGGCAUAGCCAGAGAGUUUUAUAGAAAUUAGUUUUUACUAGCACACUUAGCUAAGGGAACAAUCUAUAAAGUAGGUCUUAAGGAAAAUAUCCAUCACUUUUAAGCCUGAACACUUUUGUCUUGGCUCGGUACCGCAGUACUUCUUGCAGUUUAUGCAAUAAUUUAUAGAUAAGCAGUGUUGCGGGAAAUUGUCCAACAGGAUAUGAAGCUAAGAGGAUAGCAAAGGAGAGAAGAAAGAAUAAGUGAAGAGUGCCUCGUGGCUAUAAGGGCUACAGAGAAAUACAGUUUUCAAAUCUAUUAUUCCCCAUGCAUUUUAGAACGCCUUUAAAAUAAAUGUUUCAUGCUCUAAAAUAACGUAUUUUGGGGCUAGUAGCUAUAUUACAAAAAUGAUGCAAUUUAUUGCAGAAUUUGUAAGCAUGUUUUCCAUCCAUCCCACUCAAGUUCAAAUCCUAUAUUUAGGACACCAUAAUUAGUAGCUGGUAUUGAGUUUGAAGUAUUCCAGAGAUAGAGAUACUGCAGACCAGCUCACAAACCUGCAUCAGAGAGCACAGGACCAUUUACUAAUACAGGUGUGGACAUUAACAAAAUCAGACUAGUAAGCUAUCGCAGAGCUUCCUACAAAAUAUAUGUAUAUUUUUUCUAGGUAAUUGGGUAUAAGGGGGAAAAUAAUACUUUAUGGCAUAUCUGUCUUUAAGUGGCAUCUAGACAGUGUUUUUACUGUUACAGCAAUUUAGUGACUGCCAAGGAAAAUUAAAAGUACUAGCUACGACUGCAUGUUGGCAUUUUACGAGAAAAGACUACCGUCUAACGUUUCUGAAAAAAAUCUGCUCCCUGCCCUCUGACACACACACACACACACACACACACACACACACACACACACACACACACACACACACACACACACACACACAACACUGUCCUAUCAUUGCACCUGUGCUAUCUGAUUAUCAUGGCAGAAAGCUUUUCUAAAUAUUCACUCAAGGCCAAUACAGAGCUGUCCAGGGAGGAAGUUUGAUAGCAAGGGUGUUAUCAUUUCAUGUGGGGUGCCACACUGGCGACUAAUUAUCUCAGCAACAAUCAAAAUUAAAGAAUGUUAACACUUCAUGCACACCCCUCUAUUUCUGUCUAACAUGUCAGUACAGCACCAUUUAGUACUGCUGUCAUUGUCAGACGCUGUCUGACUCUGGUGUUGCUCUUCCUGUCUGCUGUGCCAUUACUAAAAGAACACCAACAAGCCAGUACACUAGCCUGUGGCUCCCUGUCCAAGCAUUCCCAAAGGAAGAACAAAUUGCUCUUUCUGAUAGCAGUGCCUGACCCUUUCCCUGUGUCUAUAAUUCAAAAGAGCCAAGCUAGGGCUGGCCAAAAUUAGCCUGUACUCAAAGUCAGCAAUUGUUUUCAUCAGAUACAGCUCAUUCGGGUUAUCUUUGCCUUAGGAAGGAAAGUUGUAGCUCAUUGGUUUUCACUUUAAAUGCAGGUGCAAUUUCUUUUUAUGGCUCACACAAAUUAAAUUAUAAAAAGGAGAAGCAAACCCUAACAGAGUUGUUAAGUGUCAUUUUGUCUAAAAAACAGUAGGCAAACAUUAAUCUGAUUAUCAUCGUAGUUAAACAGAAAGACAAUGGCUAAAAAGUAAUAUAAGCUACAGUACUGUUUAAUGUUCUGUGUGCUUACAUUAAACUCCUGUUUGCCACAGCAUGAUGUAUAACACUCUCUGAACUGUUUUGCUUAGUGCCAAAAAAAGAAAAGAAAGUAAAUUCGCUCUUUAUACAUGAAGGAAAACAUAAUUCCCUCAGGAUCCCAGAUGAGUAUCCAGGUAUGACAUAUUUGUAGCCAUUAUUUUCUUAUUCUCUGUGCAUGUGCCUAAAACUUUUCUAGAAAAAGAACAUAAUUUUCUUGAUCUUGGACUAAAACAGAGACUUACUGAGUGGUCUGCAUUAAAUGGCAGAAAGGGAAAAAGUGUGUAGAAAUCACAUUGUGCAAGGCAAUCAUUAAAACUUUGACAAAAAGAAAGAAAUGCAGUCAGAGUUGUUGAGUUAUGGAUCUGUAAACAGGUGUCAAAUCGUUGAAAGCAAGUAAGAAGAAGUUACUGCAUUGGGACCUGAUUAUCAGAAGAAAAAGACGUAGAUUGCUUAGAAGGUGGACUAAACACUGUAAGUGGAUAAACUAAAAUAGAACCCACUUUAUACCUUACAACCAACAAAUAAAUAAACAAUCAUUAUUAGCUCAUUAUUAUCUCUUUUAGCAUGACAGAUCCCUGCCCAGUUAUGCCUGCAAGGUCACUAAAUAUUAUAAAAGAGGAUAUCACAAGCUAUGAGAUAAUUAUUGAAUAUCUCCAUGUCAUGUUCUGAUUGGCAGCACUAGCUCAAGGUCAAAGGUCAUUUAAACCACUCUGUGCCAGAAGAGGGUGGGGCCUGUUGCUCCAACCCUUUCUUGCACAACGCCCAAACUGGGAGAAGGGAGGGCGGAAUGAGCUCUUGCCACCAGCUAGGGUUGCAAGUGUCGUGCAACAUGCCUCGGAGUACGGAUGAAGAGACCCUUCACAAUAACUCAUUAUCCUGGCUGGCGUGCGGUGUGCUGUCAUUACUGGCUAAUGCCUGGGCCAUCCUGUGUGUAACUGCAAAACAGCAGAAACAGAAACCGCUGGAGCUUCUUCUCUGCUUCCUAGCUGGCACGCACAUCUUGAUGGUUGCAGUCCCUCUCACAAUGUAUGCAGUCAUCCAGCUGCGGAAACAGGCAUCGGACUAUGAUUGGAACGAAGGGAUUUGCAAGGUUUUUGUGUCAACCUUCUACACACUCACACUGGCCACUUGCUUCACAGUGACAUCUCUCUCCUACCACCGCAUGUGGAUGGUGCGGUGGCCUGUCAACUACCGACUCAGCAAUACCCGCAAGCAAGCCCUGCAUGCCAUAAUGGGUGUCUGGAUGGUCUCGUUCAUUCUGUCCACCCUACCUUCCAUUGGGUGGCAUGACAAUGAUGACCGCUACUAUGCCACUGGGUGCCAGUUUAUUGUCAGCAAGAUUGGUCUAGGUUUUGGAGUCUGUUUCUCUCUCCUGCUAGGUGGUGGUAUUAUUAUGGGGCUUGUAUGUACUGCCAUCACUAUCUUCCAGACUUUUUGUGCACGAGAUCGACCUCAGGUGGCCAAAAAUGCCUUCAAUGUGCCCACUAUUGUGGUGGAGGAUGCUCAAGGGAAACGACGAUCUUCACUAGAUGGUUCAGAAUCAGCAAAGAUGUCUCUACAGAUGACAAAUUUGAUUGGGGCGAUAGUUUUCAUCUAUGACACUCUCACUGGAAUUCCUAUUUUGGUUGUCAGUUUUGUAAGCCUCCGUUAUGACACAUCACCCACCUGGAUGGUACUGUCUGUCCUUUGGUGCUCCCUGGCACAGACGCUCCUCCUUCCAUCCUUCCUGUGGUCCUGUGAACGCUACCGAGCUGAUGUGAAAACUGUCUGGGAGCAGUGCGUUGCACUGAUGUCCGAAGAGGACACUGACGAAGGGAGCCGGGAAGAAUACAAUGGUCGAUUAUGUGAGGUGCGAUUUGAUGCCAAUGGCUCUACAGAUGCAAAACGAGUGGUCCAGUUCCCUUCAGAAAGGAGCGAUAUGAAACUGUCACCCAUGACAAAUUCCUUUUUCCAUGGACAAAGAGUGCACUUUCUGCAGGUACCAGCAUCACGGAGGCUUUCUCAUGAUGAAACAGCAUCAGAGAUGUGGUCAUCAAACAGAACAGUCUCACCACUUCAGAAAUGGUCAUCAUCAGAUGAUAUAAUGAGUGGAUCACCUUGGAGAAGACCAACAUCAGGGUCUCGUGGUGACCUUCCAGGUUACCACAACAAGCGACGCAAAUCAGAGGAUAGCAUUACCACACUGAGGCAAUUUCUGGAGAUGGGAAUGUCAAGAGACAAUGCUUUCUUCUUCCGGGAUGAGGUCACCACUUUCAUUGAUGAAACACCAAUGCCUUCUCCAGCAUGCACACCUCGCCGUUCACGGCCUGCCACGCCACUAGGUGAUAGGAGUAUGUCAUUGACUGCAUCACAGGUGUCAUUGGCCUAUCCAGAAAGGGAUCCACUUUCAUCACGGCGCUCAUCACUGACAGAUAACUGUCCCAGACCACAUAGCAGUCCACGGCGCAUCCAUUUCCAGAGAGAGACAAGUCAGUCUCUGGACAGAACAAACCCUCUAAUUAGGAGCCCUAGUUUUGGGCAGCAGCGAGUCAUGGACAGUGCACUGUUACGACAGCCAUCCCAUAAAAUGCAGGAGCGGAAUGUUGAAAGAGGCAGGCCGCCACUGAGCCCUGACAGAACUUUCCACUUAAACUCUCCUGCCCGUCUGUCACCAUACAGAGGUGUAAAGCAUGGUUGGGAAGUAAAUAGCUGCAAGGAGUCAGAUCUGUAAGACAAUUUGAUUACUGAGGAUUACGAACACAGAAUGAAAUAUUAUGGAACUGACUGUUACCAUUGCAUACAGAAGGUGUAACAUCAGCAUUGCUCAACUGUCUUCUGCCAACAUGCCAUGAACUUCAUGCUUGGGAAGUUAAAAGGCUGGUAGAAAACUAGAGUGCUAGUGCUUGGAUAUUCUUUAGUCCUAUAACUCACCUGAAAGCUCAUCUCUAUAUGCAAAGCCACAAAAUAUUGUGCAGAAGUAAAAACAGUCCUUUGAGGCACAGAUGAAGAGUGCCAUGAAAUGACUUAAAUCCUCGACAGAUUAAUUACAUUCUGUUUUUGAGCUGUGAAGAAACAUUACUGCUCUGUGCUGCAGAAUGAAGCAAAUGUAAAUGAUGAAAAAUAAAACAUAUCAGAAAAGUGG